UUCCCCCCCCCCCCAAAAAAAAAAAAAAAAAAAAAAAAAAAAAUAUUCUUGGCUCCAUUCAUCAGAAAAGCAACUAAAUAAAAUAAAAUACUUUUCAUGGCUCUUUGAAAAUGCUGUCAAAAUUGCAUGCUCAAAGGCUGUUUUCCAUUCGAACAUCCAAUAACUUUGCCCUUCAUUACUUGUUAUUCAAUCCUCUAUGCACCACGAUUGAGUCGACCGUACUACCCGAGUCGCCCAAGCUUACUCCUUUGAGUCAAUUAUUCAAGACCAAGAACAAAGCCCCUGCAACUGAAGAUUCAAGCGGCAAUUUCAUUAUACCUUCUCUUGCCCGGAAGCUCGAUGAUCAUAGCGAAGGUGCUGAACAACUUCUCAUUGAGACAACAGACUCAGACUCGGGUUUGGACGAGAUCAGUAAGAUUCUAAACGACAGUUACCCAUCGCCGGACAGUGUAGCUCGAGCUCUAAAUGGGUGUUCUUUCAAUUUAUCAAACAGUAUGGUAGAACGGCUUUUGAAGAGAUAUAAAAACGUAUGGGUUUCUGCUUUCGGUGUUUUCAUCUGGGCAAAAGCGCAAACAGGUUAUAAGCAUACUCCUGAGUUGUAUAACUCAAUGGUUGAAAUCUUGUGCAAGGCUAGGAUGUUUCAGCUAAUGUGGAAUUUGGUAGAGGAAAUGGACCAAUUGGGAGGUUAUAUUUCGUUGGUCACAAUGACUAUAGUCAUCAGGAAGCUCGCAAAAGCUGGAAUGUAUAAGGAGGCGAUAGAUGCAUUUCAGAGAAUUGAGAAAUAUGGCAUAAGCAAGGACGUUAAGGCACUGACCAUUCUGCUAGAGGCAUUGGUGGAGAGGAACAGCUUCGAAAAUGCCCUUGAUUUUGUUUCAGAGAUUCAAAAGUCAAUUCCUUUGGACGCUUGCUCUUAUAAUACUAUAAUCCAUGGGUGGUGCAAAGCCAGUAAGCUAGACAAUGCCAGGAAGACGAUGGAGGACAUGGAAAGAAAGGGGUUUCGCCCCAGCGUUAUUUCUUACACUUGUUUGAUCAAAUCUUAUGGUAGCUUAAAGGAUUUUCGUAAAGUUGUUGAAAUUCUUAAUGAAAUGCAAGAAAAGGGUUGCAAACCGGAUAAAGUAACGUAUACAGUAAUAGUGACCGCUUUAGCGAAGGCAAAGCAGAUUAGUAAAGCUAUGGAGGUUUAUGAGAAGAUGAAAAGUAAUGGUUGUGUCCCAGAUUCUUCGUUCUAUGGCUCUUUGAUUUCCAUUCUGAGUAAAGCAGGGAGGUUAAAGGAUGCACGAGAUGUGUUCGAGGAUAUGUCAAAUCAAGGGGUUACUAGGGACUUGUUUACUUAUAACUCCAUGAUUGUUUGCCUUUGUGGACAUUCUCAGGAAGAAGCUGCUUUGAAGUUGCUUAAGCAAAUGGGAGAGGAUUCUUGCAAGCCAGACCUCGAGACUUAUGCUCCAUUGUUGAAGAUGUAUUGUAGAAAGAAAAGCGUGAUGAUGAUUAGCUUUUUGUUAAACCACAUGUUGAAGAAUGAUGUGAGUAUUGAAGUUGGAAUAUAUUCACUUUUAGUACAUGGGCUUUGUAAGAGUGGAAAAGUUGAAGAAGCUUGUUCCUUCUUUGACGAAAUGGUGUCCAAGGGAUUUGUUCCCGAGUACAGUACAUUUCAGAUAUUGAAGAAAGGGCUUGAAGCAAAGAAUAUGGUGGAGGCGAGGGUAAAGAUUGAGGAGUUGAUGUUGGAGGCAAAAGAACAUGCAAGAAUGUAGGGUAUAUCUUAAGAACAUAGGAUUUUCAAUAUGGGCAAAGUGCAAAGUGUAGGGGCUUUUAUAAGCUCCAGAUGCAUUUCCAAUAUUUUAUGUUAGUUUGCCUUCAGAGUGGAAAUAGAAGUACACUGUACAUGUUUAUUUGGUUGGUUUUGGACUCAACUUUGAAAAGCUUAUGGUCCAAGUAAGCACAUUGUUCUCUAUUAGAAAACUUUGUUUUGAACUUUAAAACCGCUACUACAGAAAAUGAUCAUAAUGUGAACAACCAGCCAUAGAUCUUUAGAAGAAUAUUAUUGUUUACAUCA